UUUCCUCGUUUGCAUGGGUCAUUCUCCAUUUGCUAAACAUUGUAGUAGGGGUCGUCCAAAUGGGAGAAUCCCGGUAUUUCGGAAGCGAUACCCAAAAUCAGAGAGAGGAGAGAUACCCCAUCCCGUUGACAUCCGCCUUGAAUACGAUCACUGAUCGAAGGAGUGGAAGAAAAACAAGGGUCUACAUAGGGGCUGGAAUUUCUUUCGGAAGUCUUGACCGCCUGGAAGCUGCUAUUUCUCUUCGGUUGAGUCAAGCUAUCACAAAGUUGGGCCGAGUGGAAGGUCUUCCCAUGCUUUACGAGGUAAGGGGACCGGGCGUGGCCCAAGACGAGUCAUUUUCAGUUCUUCUACGAUCUUGAGAAAUUAAAUGUCAAGUGCGUGGGAUCAUUGAAAAGUGAGAAAACCAGAGAAAAGAUGGAGAAAGUUGAUAUGUAAGCAUUGCAGAGACGAAAGGAGAUUGGAUGUUGUCGACGAGAGAACAAAGAGCGAGGAGAGAGUAAGUAGAGGACGACAAUAUGAUACAUUCCAAUUUUUUUUCCCAAAUUGGUAUCGUUGGACCCACGUACAACCCCAUUGACAGUUCGAGAAAGUAAACGCCGCGCAAGGUCAGAGUUUUGGCGAAUGGUUCCAGUUCUGACCAGCUCCACAUGCUCUUUCUCUUCAUUCCUCAAUCCCCAUUUCAUAUUUUCGCUUCCUCCUUCUCCUACGGAAUGAUCAGAACUCAUCGAUUCAAGAAACUUGCCAACCCCAAAAACCCCAUUUCUUCAACCGAUCUCCGCAGUGAACCUCAAGCGAGGAAGAAGAAGAAAAAAACAAGGUAUUGCCCCAAAUCCAAGCCCGCGACCGACCCACCAACCCAAAUCGCUCAAUUAUCAUCCUCUUCCUCUUCCGAUGGAUUCACCAUCCUCCCCAAAGAGUUCUUCCUCGUUGAUGCUUUGGACCUCGCCCCACGCUUGCUUGGAAAGCUCAUCAGGAGAGACGAUGUCGUUCUUCGGAUUACCGAGGUAGAAGCUUACAGACCAAAUGAUUCUGCUUGUCAUGGUCGGUUUGGUGUCACAGCAAGAACAGCUCCAGUUUUUGGACCUGGGGGGCAUGCGUAUAUUUAUCUUUGCUAUGGUCUCCAUAUGAUGCUGAAUGUUGUUGCGGAUGAGGUUGGACUUGGUGCUGCUGUGUUAGUCAGAGCUUGUGCUCCUGUCAGUGGGUUGGAGACGAUUCAGAAGCGGAGAGGUCUGAUCACAGACAAGCCUGUUCUUCUUACUGGUCCCGGGAAGGUUGGCCAAGCGCUUGGAUUAUCAACAGAGUGGUCUAACCAUCCAUUUUACACUCCCGGUGGUUUGGAACUCCUUGACGCUCCCAAGCCAGAGAGCAUACUUGUAGGUCCUCGUGUUGGUAUCGAGUAUGCCUUACCAGAGCAUGUUAAUGCUUUAUGGAGGUUUGCCAUUGCAGGAACUCCAUGGAUAAGUGCUCCCAAGAACACUCUCAGGGCAUCCUGAUGGGAGGAGAUGAAGCGAUUUGUUGUGCUUGGAACUAUUUUGUAUCACUGAAAUUGGAUUUGAGAAGGUUGUAAAUGUUGUAUAUUAGUACAAUGUAAACAGAAAAAAAAACUCAAAUCUUUUAAUGGAUUUGUUGUGCUUGGAACUA